CAAGUGACAAUGAAAGGGCAGUUCCGUCCGUGUUUCGAUUUGACCCUUGACCCCCUCUUUGCUGAAGAAAAAGCGGUCAUUUUUGUGACCAUUCACAACGUGAAAACCAACAAGAAACUUCUUCUUCUUCUUCUCAAUAGGCCACCAAAACCUGACCAAAGUACUUUGCCACGUUCAAGUUCAAACCACAGGAUUAUAAACAACUGUUACACGUCAAAAUAUUCAUCCUCUUUGAUACUAUCCAGACACCGUUCAGGAUCCAGCUGGUUUUCUGUUGUAUAUAUAAAAGCAUUUGAUCCUUGCACGCUUUUGCUACUGCAAAACCAGUUGCAAAUUGGGUUUGUUUUGCUUUGUCUUUUGGUUUUGGUUUUGGAGGGUAUUAAGAGCAGUGGCAAGAGAAGAGUUGAAGCAAAACAAAAAGUGAAGAAGAUGGGGAGGACGCUUGAUGCGUUGCUUAGAAGGAAUUUCAAAGCCUCUAAAUUUAAAACCAUCGUUAAGCUUGCUGUUUCAAGAGAUGCUAUAAUGAAGAACCAGCGCCAAGCUCGAUAUUCGUAUGCCAGGUCUGAUGUUAUCCAGCUACUUACCCUCGGCCACCAUGAAGAAGCUCUUCUUCGUGUUGAGUAUGUGAUUACAGAGGAGAACAUGUUGGAUGUGCUUGUUAUGAUAGAAAAUUACUGCCACCUACUGAUCGAAAGAGUCAUGCUCUUUCAAAAGAACAAGGAAUGUCCUGAAGAGCUGAGGGAGGCAGUAUCAAGCUUGAUCUUUGCAUCUUCGAGGUGUGGGGAGUUUCCUGAGUUGCUGAAAAUUCGAGAGAUGUUAACGAUGAGGUUUGGGAAAGAAUUUGCUGCUCGAGCUAUUGAAUUGCGCAACAACAGUGCAGUUAAUCCUAAGAUUGUGCAGAAGUUGUCGUCGCGACGGCCUAGCUUGGAAAGCAGAUUGAAGGUGCUGAAGGAGAUUUCUGCUGAGAUUGGUAUCACUCUGCACUUGGAGGAAGAUGUUCUUGCUGCUGUCAAGGAACCAAAGCAACAGGAGCCUAAGGAAUCGGCUAACUUUGAUGAUGUGAAGCUUGGAGACGAUCCACAGAGUUUCUCCAUGGAGUUCGGCCUAGAUGAGAAGUUACCUGAAUCUGUGAAAACAAGAGAGAAAUAUAGAGAUGUAGGUGCAGCUGCUCUAGAUGCUUUUGAAUCAGCUGCUUAUGCGGCAGCGGCUGCAAGGGCUGCUAUUGAACUCUCAAGAUCUGAAUCACAAGACUAUGAUUCAGAUGAUGACGGUGGUUCCAGUCAUCUACACGGUGCUUGUUCUGAAUCUAACCUUCAAAGUGACAAAUAUGCAGUCAGAGAGGGAGAUGAGGGUUCAAGCGAUGGAUUGGAUUUCGACAAAAACCACCCCGUGGACAACCUUGGCUCAGAAUCAGGAGGCAAAGACUUAGCUGAAAAUAGUGAUGAGAUUCAUCUCAAAGAAUUGGAAGAAAAUGACAGAAAUGCUGGAGGAGCAUUCAUUUUGAAACAGUAUCCAGGUUCAGAGUCAGAAAAUGAUGAGGAGGAAAACGAAGUAGCUUCAGAUAAAGAUGAUGACACUGAAAAGAAUGAAGCGAAUAGACAAUGGCAAACAAAUAAUGAAUUGGAUUCUAACAGAAAACCAAGCUUGCCCAUGAUCACACACGAAUAUAACAGAGUGAAUAAUGGAGAUGACCAUCAAUGUCUCGCAGUCGAGGAAAUAAAUAACAAGCAUUCUCACCCAUCAGAAAAACUGGAUUCACCAGAAACUAAAGAGUGUCCGAUGAUAAAAGCUAUGGAGAGGAAAUAUAGGAUGACGAACACACAAGGGUUGAAUUUUAGAAAACAAUUACAUGAACAGAAUUCAAACACAGACUGGAAGCAAUUUUCAAAGAGGACUAUACCAGCUCAGAGGAUCUGAAAAGCAGUUUAGUAUAAAUAUUCAAUUUUUGCCUAGCCAAAGUUCAUAGUUACUCUAUUACGCCAUUCUUUAGUUCAUUUUGCUAUGCAGCUGUACAUCCAGACUCUGGUUGGAAAUAAAGACAUUUUUUGAGA